AUGAAUUAAAAUAAUUAGUAAGCAUUUAAUUUUAACAAUCAAGUUUAGGAAUAAUGGAUUAUGAUCUCAGAAAAUCUUUAUAUCGAAAAGUCAAGACCUUUAGGGUAAGGAGGAUUCGGAACCGUUUACAAAGGUAAGUAUGGCAAUUAAGAUGUAGCUGUUAAAGAAUUAAAAUAGUACAUAGACAAUAUGGGUACUGUAAAUGAGUAUUAUUAAUAAGAAAUAGAAACAAGCAAACAGAUAAUGAGCAUUGAUUGUGAAUAUAUAGUUAGAGUACUUGGUGUUGUACCUACAUAAUAUUAGUGCUAUGUUGUUAUGGAUCUUUGCAUUUCAGAUCUUUAAAAAUUAAGAAAAGAAAGUCCCAACCAGAGAUUAGAUGUAAUGACUGCUUUAAAAUGCAUUAAAGAAAUCUGUUUAGGAAUAAAAAGUUUGCACAUGAAAAAUAUUACUCACAGAGAUAUCAAACCUGAUAAUAUUUUUAUAGGCAAAAAUCAAUAAGAUCAACUAAUUUGUAAAGUUGGAGAUUUUGGUUUAGGAAAAAAUGAAUAGAAUAUGAUAAGUAAAGUAGGUACAAUUUCAUACAUGGCACCUGAUAUGCUUGAUUUUAGUAAUCAAAAGUAUACGAAUAAAGUAGAUAUAUGGGCUAUAGGGGUUAUGGCUCAUGAACUUUUAACAGGUACAAUACUUUUUUAAGGGUAAACUAUAGACAUUAUAAGAAAUAAUAUUUUAAAAUCUCGAAACUACAAAGAUUGGUAUAAAUUAUCAAGUAGUGUUGCUUAAACUGAUUUUAUUACUUAAAGCUUUAAGCAUAUUUAAUCUGAGAGUGUCAUAAAUUUAAUUGAUAUGAUGCUUUAAAAAAAUCCAAAUGAUAGAAAAGAUAUCAACUAAAUAAUUACUGAAGUUGAAUAAUGCAUGUCCCAACAAAUCAAUAAUAAUGCAAUGGUAAUAAAUAAUAGUAAUAAUAACCCUUAUUAAAAUAACUAAUUAAAUAAUUAGUAAUAUUAUGCACAAAAUUAGCCUAAUAAUAAUAUUAACAAUAGCAACAAUAAUUAAAGACAAUAAAACAACCAAUAAGAGUUAGAAAGAAAAAUAAAGGAUUUAGAAAUUAUGAUGAUGGGCUAGAAGAAAUUAUUUGAUUAAGUUAAAAAUGAAAAAGAUGAGUUAAAUAAAAGUUUAUAAUUAUAAUUAUAAUAAAAGGAUAAAGAAAUAAAAUCUUUAUAAGAGAAAUUAAAGGAGAAAUCUUCUAAAGAAUAAUAGUUAAUUAUAUCAAAGUAAGCAUAAGAACAUUUUUACAAUUUUAAAAAUUUUUUAAAUUUUUAAAAUUUUUAAAAUUGA